UUUCAAUCGGGAGGAGGUCGUCCUUGCCGAGUAUUACCACCGUGGCUUGCAUACAUGUAUCUGUGACACAGCAAGCUGAACCGAACACGAUCAGGUUGAUCGGUGGACAAGUGUUCCUCUUCGCUGCUCACUCUGGCUUUCAUGUCGAGUUAGCAGUACUGGUAGGUAGCCGGCUAAUCCAGUAGCGGUGAAGUUAGUUGUCGUCCUUGUCCCGAGACUUCGGAGAUCGUGGAGAAAGGAGCGGCGUCGGACCACCCCUCUCCAAGCAGCUUGGCCAUGGAUUUGUCCGUGGCAGGGGGUGGCCAGGCCCAAGACGGCUAUUCGUACCUCUGCCGUUUGGAGGAGCUGCGCCAAUGGAUGCUCAAGGUUCUGAGCGAAGAGGUGCCGCCAGCAUCUGAGCUAGAGAGCAGGCUUCGUAAUGGCGUGCUCCUCGUCAAACUUGGGAAGGUGUUGCUACCCGAUGACCCGAUGUGGCGCAAGGCCUACGACUUGGACGAGAAGAAGUUCUUGAAAACCGGCUGCCCCGAUUUCCGCCACACGGACAACAUCAACUUCUGGCUGCAGUCCUUGGUCAAGCUAGGGCUACCGGCCGUCUUCUACCCGCAGACCACGGACAUUUAUGAGGCCAAGAAUAUGCCUAAGCUAGUUUUCUGCCUGCACGCGCUGAGUCAUUUCAGUGCACGCCAGGGCCAAGUGGCGAGCGCCGUUCCGAACUUGGAGGGUCGGGCCACCUUCACAGAGGAAGAAAUCACUGAGGCGACGGACAAGAUAGCGACCGCCAACGUGCCGUCGUUCCAGGCCGUGGAAGACCUGGUGGACGAAGAAAUGCAGUAUCAAGCAAUGGGUGAGUUUAGUGCUGAUGAGCUGAAGGACUUGCGCGAAGAGCACUUGGCAAGCAAAAAGGCAGCUGCAAAAGCAGCAGCCAAGGAGCCAGAAGUUGAGGAGGAAGAGGAGGAGGCGAUUUAUGACCCAGUGUCGACGGAUGCCCCGCCCGUACCCCUUCGCAACGUACGGCCGAGUCUACCACCGGAGGACACGGACCUGUACGACAACUCGGACAGUGUGAAAGACCAAAUCAAGCACAAGAAAGAAGAAGAGGAGGAAGAGGAACCACCGCCACUUCCGCCCAAACUUGAAGAACCACUGGCAGAAGUGGAGUGUGGCGAAGGAAUCAAGGCUUCACUCUACUCCGCCGUCGACAAGAAAGCGUUAGAAAAGGCCCGCGACGAUGCCAUGUCACCGCAGGAGAAAGCUAUCACGGCCAUCAACCGCGCCCUGACCAACCGGGACGAGACGGAGCUACUGCAGGCAUUGAAAAACCCGGACGCCGAGCUUCCGGACAUCUUCACACAGCCGACUGAGUACAUGAAGGCACUGGUUGCCGAGAGCAAGUCCACGUUUCCCACGUCCAUGACGCCAGUGUUCAGUGGAAUUUCUCGGCCGAAGAGCGAGGAGCUCCUGUCGUCGCUCAGUCCCGGUGCCUUGCUCGUGCGUACCGGCUCCAACAACGAAAAGGUUGUGUCGUUCCGCAACCGUACCGGCAUCAAGCACUGGCAGAUCGGCGUCAGCUCCGACGGCAAGUACUUCUUCGGCGCGAGCGCGCGGUACGAGAACUUCGGCGACUUCAUGCAGCAGUUCAUCGCGUCCCUCUCGUCCUCCACCGGUCUCCACACGUACUACGCCAACGACCGGGUGCUCAAGCCGCGCUCCGCGGACCAAGACCGGAUCUACGGGCUUGAAUCCGACGAUCAGUCGACUCGGCUGGAGCGCGAGUACAUAGAGAGCGUGGUGGCGCAGGUGAACAAGCGCAUCCGUCAGGACCUGCUCAACAUGAUGGGCGGAAGCGGAGAUGGCGCUGGCAGUGACGCCGGUGCAGUACCACCACCGCUACCACCCGAUCCAAGUGGUGGUGGCGGUGCCGGUGGAGCCCCCGCACCGCCACCCCCAGUCACCCGCCGGCCGACGCUGGAGAAAAGAGCGUCGCAGGAUCUGCAGUCCGCCCGGCCCGCCGCAGCCGAGCCGCAGAUACUGCCGUCCAAGAUCCCGCCGACAAAGUGGACGGAGGCGCUGCUCAGCCGAAUGAACCGGGCGCAGGCCGAGAAGAUACUGAUGGAGCACGGCGCACCCGGCAGUUACGUGGUGAGGGUGAGCGAACGUGGUGCCGGCCAGUAUAGCAUCACCUUCCGACUGAGCAGCACGAUCCGCCACUGGAAGGUCGUCACUCAGAACGGCAUGUUCACCUUCUCCGACGACUCGCCCAAGGUCACCUCUCUGAAGGCGCUGAUCGGAUUGUUUGAGACAGUGAAGCACGAACCUGGCUUGAAGAUGAUGCCUCUCCUGCCCGCAUCGGCUGCACCCAGCGCCGCAGGCCGACCAUCAGCUACAGCACCGCCACAGCUUCCUCCGAAUCCGGCACUGCCACGCCAGCGUUCUCUUUCAGGUAACGGACCGCCGGCAGCACCCACCGCUCGCCAGCCACCGCAGCCUGGCCCAGGUGCAGCUGCUGGCAAGGCAUCAUCGGCCAGUCCAAUGGGCAGCCCGGUGGCCGAGUGGUCCGUGGAGCAAGUGCAGCGAUGGCUAACGGGAAUCGGACUCGGCAUGCACACGGCCAGCUUCCAGGAGCACUACGUUGACGGCCAGUGCCUGCUGGAGAUCACAGAUGAUCAGCUGAAGUACGACAUGGGCAUCACUGCCCUGGGACAUCGCACGCAGAUCAUGCGCAAAAUCAAGGCCCUAACAGCAAACGUCUAGACUGCUGUUGAGCAUGGCCGUGCCAUGGCAAGGGGAGCUAUCAAAAGCCGUUCAACUCCCAUGCAAUCCAUGCAAGCAGAUGCUGAGUCCAGCCUCCAACGCCACUUCAAGCACCACUGCUCUACUAGCCCUAGUAUCCAUGUACAGUACUGGCCGGGUCGACCAGUGUCAUCUUGUAGUAUCAAGUGGCUGAUGUUUUAGUUCACACGCUCCUUUGUCCAAUUGCUACAACUUUUUCAGUAUACUUGAACCUUACAGACUGUACAUGAGCAACCCAGUUCCAAGCUGUUAUGCUGGUGCUGAAAGCAGCACACAAUGCUAUACUACCAUAAUAAUUAUUUUGCUGACAAGCCAUAAUCAUGCAUGUGUAAAGGACGUGUAUGCCAUCGGUCAGCAGCACUACAAUAGUUAUAGAAUAAUCUCAGUGAAAUGAUGUGCAUUUCCGGAUUGCAACGGAUCUUUUCUCAUUUGAGAGCAGGUUUCGCAGGGGACUGUUCCCCCGUGACUGCAGUUUGCUGAAUUCUCUUGAUUUUCAUUUUUAAAUCGUGUUAAAAACAUCUACGCCUUCCCUUCUA